AUUAUUAUAAUGAACUAAUACAAUCAUAGGUUUAAUUCCAUAAUACACAAUCAUUAAUUAUGUGCCUAAUUUUACACUAAUAACCAUAAUGGGAUGGUUAAUAAAUUAACUAUAUGUUAGAGGCACAUGAGAGCACCCUUAAUACUAUAGUUGGCCCAUUAAAUUAUAGUAUACCAUAAAAAGGACCACUUAAGCCCUAUUAGUAAAUAUAACCCCUUAGGGUUAUAAGGGUAUGUCAUGUAUUUAUAUGAGUGAUUGGUGUUAGAAGUGGUCAUAAGGAUAUAUGGUAAUAAGAAGAAAAGGGGAUAGCUCCACAAGUGCUCUCUAGGCUUUGCUCAAGUUUGGUGAUCUUGGUGGUGAUUCUCUUUGAAGUUCUUGAAGCAAAAUGGCUCACAUGGAAGGAUUAGGAGCUUUAAGCAAUCCAAGAACUUCUGCUAUGUUGACGCUGAAUGGAACUAACCACAAGCAGUGGGUAGAAUCUCUCAUGAUGAAUUUGACUCUUAUGAGAGUGGACUUGGCCUUGAGAACUGAUGCACCUCCGAAACCUACUGAUGAUACCACUGAAAAGGACAGAAAGUCCUAUGAGGAUUGGGAGCAUUCCAAUCGCUGUUGUCUGAUGCUUAUGAGGUAUCACAUGGAUGAGUCCAUUCGUGAUAGUAUUCCCCAAAUUGAAAUUGCAAAGGAUUUUCUCGCUGCGAUCAAGGAGAAAUACAAGAAAUUCUCAAAGAAUGAGAAAAAUGAAUGCCUGACUUUGUUCCAUCGGACCAAUUAUGCUAAUUCAGGUGACAUUAGGUCUCACAUUGACAAACUGAUGGGUUGUUAUCAAAAGCUCAAGGGCAUGGGAUUGGAUCUUGGUGAGGACUACAUGGUGUGGUUUGUGAUGGAAACCAUUCCCUCUCAGUUUGAUUCGAUCAGAUCAAGCUACAAUGCUCAAAAGGAGCAAUGGACCAUUGAGGAGAUGACUGCUAUUCUUGCUAAGGAAGAGGAGGACAUGAAAAAGGGAAAAGCAAGAAGUAUCUCCAUGAUAACAAACCCGAGCAAUUCUCAGAAGAGAAAGUCCACUUCCAACAACUCUAGUGACCAAAGGCCUUCUAAGAAGAAAUGCAACCACCCUAAAGGAAAUGGACAAGGGAGUUCAUCUUCAACUGGUCACAAGAAUGAGUAUUUCCAAGGGAAGUGCAACUUUUAUCAAUGUUUCGAGCAUAAGAAAGUCGAUUGUCGAAAGCUCAAAGCCCACUUAGAGAAGAAAGGUAAAUGUCUUGUGUUGGUUUGCUUAGAAUCCAAUAUUAUUGGUGUGCCCUCAAAUACUUGGUGGUUAGAUACUGGAGCUACGAUUCAUGUUACGAAUUCCUUGCAGGCAGUGACAAAUCGAAGAAGGCCGAAUAGUUUGGAGGAAUGCGUAUACAUGGGAGACGAUACUAAAGUCAGAAUAGAAUUUUUUGGGACUGUUAGACUACAGUUGAAUACAGGACAUUUUUGGAAUUGCAUGAAGUUGCUUACUUGCCCUCUAUUAGGAGGAAUUUGAUUUCUGUAUCUAUUUUGGAUAGACUAGGUUAUAGUCUUCUUUUUGGAACUGGAAAUCUGACUUUGUAUCGUGACUCUAUGUUAGUUGGAAAUGGAAGUUUAUGUGGAAAUUUAUAUAAGCUUGAUUU